AUGGCCCUCCUUGGGCGGGAAUACCUCAAAGACGCUUUAAAACCCGAUUCCCAGGUUUGUGCUCCUUCCACUAGGCAACACUACUUCUCCACAGGCUGGGAAAAGGCUCGAGAUAGGAAAAAAGAUUUGCCGGUUAUAAUGGAAUUCUCAGGAAGGGGGAUCUGUUUUAAAAGACUGGGCUGCUUUAGAGAUGACCCUCCUUGGGGGGGAAUACCUCAAAGACGCUUGAAAAUUUUACCCUGUUCUCCAGAAUAUAUAAACACCCGCUUCCUCCUUUACACUAAUGAAAACCCAAACAGGUGCCAGGAAAUCAAAGCAACAGAUCCACAAAGCAUUCUUGCCUCAAAUUUUAAAACCAACAGGAAAACCCAUUUUAUCAUCCAUGGAUUCAUAGACAAGGGAGAAGGCAACUGGCUGACUGACAUGUGCCAGAAAAUAAUCCAGGCGGAACAAACGAACUGCAUCUGUGUUGACUGGAGAAGAGGAUCACGAACUUUUUACUCGCAAGCAGUAAACAAUAUUCGCGUUGUCGGGGCUGAAGUAUGGUAUCUCAUCAACUUCCUCUCGAAAGAACUGAGAUAUUCCCCUUCGAAUGUCCACAUCAUUGGCCACAGUCUGGGAGCCCAUGCAGCCGGGGAAGCUGGGAAGAGGACCACCGGCGAGAUCGGAAGGAUUACAGGGUUGGAUCCAGCAGAACCCUGCUUCCAAGGAGCACCGGAAGACGUUCGUCUGGAUCCAAGCGAUGCCCUUUUUGUCGAUGUGAUUCACACAGAUUCUGCCCCAAUGAUCCCCUGUAAGGGCUUUGGAAUGAGCCAAACUGUGGGUCAUCUCGAUUUUUUCCCAAAUGGAGGAAAGCAAAUGCCGGGAUGUAAGAAGAAUAUGCUUUCAACAAUUAUGGACAUAAAUGGAAUCUGGGAAGGAACACAAGCCUUUGUAGCCUGUAAUCACUUAAGAAGCUAUAAGUAUUAUGCCGAGAGCAUAAUCAACCCUGAAGGUUUUCUUGGCUACCCCUGUGAUUCUUAUGAUGAUUUUGAGAAGAACAAAUGUUUCCCUUGCCCACCUGAAGGAUGCCCACAAAUGGGUCACUUUGCUGAUCGGUUCAAGGGGAAUAUAAGUGAAGUGGGACAGACCUUCUAUUUGAACACCGGAGAUGCCAAGAACUUUGCCCGUUGGAGGUAUAGGGUGUCAGUUACACUGAAUGGAACUAAAGAUGUAAAGGGAUGUAUAAAAAUGGCAAUUUAUGGAGAAAGCGGAAACUCAAGACAACAUGAUAUCUACGGGGGAUCCCUCAAGCGAGGGGCCAAUUUUACCAAAGAGAUUGAUGUGGAGCGUAACGUUGGACAAGUACAGAAGGUUAAAUUUCUGUGGUUCAACAAUGUAAUCGAUUUCUUUCGGCCCCAGCUGGGAGCUACCACAGUCACGCUGCAAACUGCUGAUGGCGAAAUUCAGCAGUUCUGCAGCAAUUGCACGGUGAGGAAGAACGUCCUACAGACUCUCUAUCCUUGUUAAACGUGUGCCACCUGUGGAUAAGUAUUUAUAAAAUUGGAUA